AUGUUGAUCGAAACCCUCGAAGUAUAUAUUUCAAUAUCAUCGACAAAUUUGCCUCCAAACGUGCCCGAUCGAAAACUGAACGCCUUGCGCCCCUCAAGCAACGAACCGAUGGUGACAAAUGAUCAACCACCAAAGAACACGUCUUCUCAGCUCUCACCGCAAUCGGAAACAAUUAUUGAUGGUUACGCAAUACAAUGGCCAAAAUUUCAAAAUCGAAAUGCACUAUUUCAAGGUAGUUUAACAAAAGGAAUUGAAUAG